GAAAGGCUUUGGAGUGAAUAUCGUCGAAUAAUAUUAAACCGUGAAUUUCCCGAUUUAGGGUUCCGAUCAAAAUGGCCGAUGAAACUCUUCCUCCGUCUGAAUCCGUCGAUAACCGUCUCCCUGAGAAAUCAACCUCUUCUUCACCACAUCCUCCACCGCCUUCUUCCUCUCUGCCGCAACAGGAACAAGAACCAGACCAGGAACAGCCUCCGCAACGCCGUGAGAGAGAUUCACGAGAGCGGCGUGACGAGAGAGACAUUGACCGCCCGCCUAAUCGCCGUGACCGUGACCGUUCGCCUCUCCCACCGCCUCGUAGGGAUUACAAGAGACGGCCUAGCUUGAGUCCUCCGCCACCGUACAGAGAUAGACGGCACUCUCCUCCACAGCGUCGUUCGCCUCCUCAGAAGCGUUACCGGAGGGAUGAUAAUGGCUAUGAUUCUCGCCGUGGUGGCUAUGGACCACCGGACAGAAGAUUUGGAUAUGACCAUGGUGGAGGAUAUGACCGUGAAAUGGGUGGGAGGCCUAAUUAUGGUGAUGAAAGGCCUCAUGGCCGCUUUAUGGGUCGCUAUCAAGACUGGGAGGGAGGACGUGGAGGUUAUGGUGAUGCUUCCAACAGUGGAAAUACCCAAAGGGAUGGAUUGAUGUCAUACAAACAAUUUAUCCAGGAGUUGGAAGAUGAUAUAUUGCCAUCUGAAGCUGAACGCAGAUAUCAAGAAUAUAAGUCAGAGUAUAUUACAACACAGAAACGUGUCUUUUUUAACAGUCACAAAGAGGAAGAAUGGUUGAAGAAUAAGUAUCAUCCAACAAACUUACUCUCUGUCAUAGAAAGGAGGAAUGAACUUGCACGGAAGGUGGCGAAGGAUUUCUUACUUGAUUUACAGAGCGGGGCAAUAGAUUUAGGUCCUGCAGUGACAGCAUUGGAUAAAUCCAGCAGAGCCAGUGAGCAGAUUUCUGAUGAUGAAGCAGCUGGUGGUGGUAAAAGAAAGAGACAUGGUAGCAGGGAAGCUAAAGAGACUGAACUUCUGUCAGCCGCACCGAAAGCACCCAGUUUCACUUCUGAUCCAAAGAGAAUCUUAACUGACAUUGAACAAGCACAAGCCCUUGUGCGUAAGCUAGACUCGGAGAAAGGAAUUGAGGAAAACGUUUUGUCAGGUUCAGAAAAUGACAAAUUGGGUAGAGAAAAGUUACACAGUGGUUCGACUGGUCCAGUUAUAAUCAUAAGGGGGUUGACAUCUGUGAAAGGCCUUGAGGGCGUUGAAUUGCUUGACACACUUGUCACGUAUCUCUGGCGUGUUCAUGGUGUGGACUAUUACGGAAAGGUUGAAUCAAAUGAAGCUAAGGGUAUGCGGCAUGUUAGAGCUGAAGGAAAAGGUUCUGAUGCAAAAGGAGAUGAGAGUGAAAGUAAAUUCGACUCUCACUGGCAAGAGAGGUUGAAAGGUCAAGAUCCCUUGGAAGUGAUGGCUGCCAAAGAGAAGAUAGAUGCUGCCGCUACUGAAGCUUUAGAUCCACAUGUCCGAAAGAUUAGAGAUGAGAAGUAUGGUUGGAAAUAUGGUUGUGGAGCCAAGGGCUGCACGAAGCUGUUUCAUGCGGCUGAAUUUGUGUACAAGCAUCUCAAGCUGAAACACACUGAGCUUGUCACAGAGCUGACUACCAAAGUUCGGGAAGAACUGUAUUUUCAGAACUAUAUGAAUGAUCCUAAUGCUCCAGGAGGACAACCAGCUACUCAGCAAUCUGGCCCGAGAGAUAGACCUAUGAGACGUAGACCAGGCAUGGAGAACAGACUGAGGGAUGAUCGAGGUGUACGCAGAGAGCGUGAUGGACGUGCUAAUGGAAAUGACAGAAAUGAUCGGUCAGAGGAUCAACAGAGAGGUGAUGGUGAUGGUGGAAAUCCUAGGGAAGUUGGGUACGAUGCAUUUGGUGGACAAGGUGGUGUUCAUGUUCCUCCCUUCUCAUCGGAUAUAAACCCACCACCAAUGCUGAUGCCUGUUCCUGGUGCCGGGCCACUAGGACCAUUUGUACCUGCACCACCUGAGUUUGCAAUGCAGAUGUUCCCUGGUGGACCCAAUCCUCCUUUCGAAGGUAACGGCAGAGGUGGACCCGCACCAUUUCUUUUGUCUCCGGCCUUUAGACAGGAUCCUAGACGGCUACGCAGUUACCAAGACCUAGAUGCUCCGGAGGAAGAGGUGACCGUUAUUGAUUACAGGAGCUUGUAGACAAGAAGGGGCUAGGGAGCUAGAGAGACGCCCGUUCCUCUCGGGUCAGGUCGAAAGGAAUCAGUAUUAGAAGUUGAGCCAGCAGAUUGUGGCAAUUUACAUGUCUUUUGGUAUAUUAUUUCUUGUUCCUCCUAAUUUUCGGUCACUAAAGCAUAAAACACGCA